AUGUCGCCUGACUUCAGUAUCCUGGCAUCAGCCGCUAUUGAUGGAUCAAUCAAAUUCUGGAACACCAUUGACGGCACCCUUAUCUAUCACCUCAAGGUCGAGGAUCAGAACUACCUUCAUAUCACUGAGCUCAAGUUCUCGCAUGACGGGAGGCUUCUUCUGUCCGUUGCGUUCAGCGGAGAAGCUUGGCUGUGGGACGUUGAGGAGAGGGCAUGCGUUCAUGACUUCACUGUCUACGACUGGGGGUUUUGCACUGCCACCUUUUCGAUAGACUCGAGGGAUCUGAUCAUCGGGUGCGAGGAUGGAGUCCUUCGACGUUUUGAAGUUUCCACAAAACUUAUCAAGGAUCUUCCAGGCCAUGAAGGCACUAUAGAAGUGGUCUCGAUGUCGCCUGACACUAUGCUUGCGGCAUCUGGUGAUAGCGUGGGUAUUGUGCGAUUAUGGGAACUGAAUCGCAAUCUAUGUGUAAAUGAGCUUACUGGACACAGUAAAGGGAUUACCUCGAUUGCAUUUUCACCUGGCUCGCUGCAACUUGCCACAGCAUCACUAGACAAAGCAGUUCGUCUAUGGAGUGUCGGUAAUGGAACAUGCAUGAGAUUACUAACGAUGCGAGAGACGGUAAAGUCGCUAGCAUUUUCACCCAACACAUUGAUCCUCGCGGCAGUCGCCGCGAAUGACAUUAUACAACUAUGGAACACUGAGGAUGGUGACCUUUUGAGAUGCCAUAAAUUACCGAGAGUUGGAGCUUGUGAUAUCAAGUUUGACUCGGAAGGGAAGACAAUAUUCUGCGAAGCUGGGGCUAUCUCGAUAGAACAGAGCUCCUCAAUUGAUGAACGCUCUUGCUCAUCCCAAGACACUGUUGCUGCUGGGUUCGCUAUCAGUCGAGAUACUCAAUGGAUUACCUGGCGUGGAGAUAAGGUUCUCUGGCUGCCAGUCUCGCCCCCUUAUCAAGUAACAAUUUCAGAACGGUUCGUAAUCAAACCGGACAGCAGUUCGACUGCUAAUCCUUUCUUGCAAGAUAUGCUUUCGAUGGCAACUUCGCAAAAUUACCGCCUUCAUAUACCUCUAGAAGAAGCGAACAAGGCUUUAGAGACAUAUCUGAAAGUUGUCUGUUUUCGUUUUCCACGACUUCCCGUGGACAAAUUCAAGUCUAGAAUCGCAGCCAUCACCGCCACAGAUGACGCAGCCUAUCAGGAUAAGAUUUCAAACGGCCUAGGACAUAUAUUCAGGGCGUAUAUUGUCGUAGCGAUAGUGCCACUCACUAGUGACAACGACGCCACUCCCCAAGGCUCUUUUGUCUCCAAUCACGUCUUGGCCAAAUACCUCAAGCGGCUCAAUACCAAGAUCAGCUACGAUAACAACGGCAUAUCGGGUAUUCUUCGAUCACCCUACGUCUUCGGUGCUGCACUUCUUGCCUCUUUCGGUGGAAUCUCUUUCGGUUACGAUCAGGGUGUCAUCUCCAUCAUCCUUACAAUGCCCCAGUUCCAGGAAACCUUUCCUGAGAUCGCCCCAGGCCACUCUCGCUACGGCUUCAACACUGGUUUCAUGACUGGAAUGCUUGAGUUUGGCGCCUUUUUUGGUUGCCUAUUCUUCCCUCUCCUUGCCGACCGCUACUCCCGCAAGUAUGACCUUGCUGUUGCCACAGUCUUCUCCUGCGUUGGCGCUAUUGUUCAAACCGCGGCACACAACUACGGCACUCUCGUGGCAGGACGCACUAUCGGUGGCGUCGGUGUCGGUACCCUAGCAAUUGGCGCACCUUUGUAUAUCUUAGAGAUUGCGCCCCUAAAUCUACGAGGCUCUCUCCUUGUCCUCGAAGCUAUUUCCAUCGUCAUCGGAGAAGCGGUCAAUUGA